AUGAAGUAUGAAAGCGUGACAGUGAACCCCUGGCCUCAGGUCAGGACAGGUCUCAAGUAUCACUUCCACCGCAGAGCUCCCCCGCAGGAGCAGCCUGGGACUCCUGUGCGCAGCCUUGCCUGCAGACACGCUCCUGCCUGCCCACCGCUGGCCUGCCCCACAUCACCACCCAUUCCCAGGCCGGCUCUUCCCGGGAACACCUUAUUAAUAACCCACCUGCAGACAGCCCUACAAGAUUCCGGUUUUAGAGUUGAGGAACCUGUGAUUCAGAAAGUCCCUAAGGCGCCCUACAGCUUGGAUGAGAAUAUUGACGAAACGACCCGCAGAGUUCCCGUUCUGGCCCCGGCACAUCCUCCGUGCAGCAGGGUGCAGCCGUCUGCCUCGGCCUUGAUGCGAAGUCGUCUCUACAUCCUGAGAUGCUCGAAGCACAUAGAAAAGAAGGACCCCAAGAACCCUCACUGGCUGAGCUCACACCGAGGGCCAGAAGGAGUUGAGCACACGCGAGAUGAGGUUGUCCCGGGACCACCUGGGCCAAUGUGGCAACACUGCCAGAGCAUUUUUGAGAAGAGUCUUCCCUUCAGAGACCAGGAGCCACUUGGGGCUGAGAAGGACAUCCUGGGGGAGACAGGAGCAAUGCUGGAAAGCAUGUGGGCACCCAGAAAGGAAGGAGGACAGCAGCCGGAAACAGCAUGCCAGGCUCCAUCAGGAGGCUAAACCUUGUAGGUCCCUCAGAAGCCACCUGGCGUGGUUAUACAAAUGACAG